AGGUGAAACCAGCUGAAGUCGGUACGAUGGAUUACGUCUAACCAGCAGGCAGCCCACUUACGUAAAAAGAUCAAACAUGUGGAAACACCGCGGCAGCGUUGGACUAAAGGCCGAUUAAAAAGAAAAGUGUCGACUUAAGCUUUCUAAUGACUUUCACCUUUUCUAACUCUCUCCUCAUUCUCCCCAGGUCCUUCUUUUUUUCUGCUUCAAACGUCCCUUUUCUUGUCCCGUCCUCCUUCUUCCUGCCUCUGACGUUGGUGGUCCUAAUCUUUUUUUCCAUGAACUAACCAAUCCGUCACACCGCUCGCUAUUUCCUUCUUCUCUCCAGCUAUCCGUCUUCCUGUUGUCCUUCUCCUCUCCUCUCCUGCCAUGUCCGUAUCCAUGAGGAACCCGCCCCAGCGCCGGCGCUCUCUGGGCCCCGUCUCGCCCAAACGCAUCUACAGAAACCUGUCCGUGAGGCUGAGGGGUGGAGAGCCGUCUGUUGCCGGGGAAAUGGACGUACCCAAACACCUCGGCAAGUCUGCAGAUGCUUACAAGACCCUGUGGGAGGCGGUGGAAAAUGAGGACACUUUGGCUGUACAAAGCCUGCUGUCCAGAGACCACACCACAUGUGGAGGAGGAGGGGGAGGAAGCAUGUGGGAGAGAGGAGAGAAGAAAGAGAAGGACUGGGAGAGAGACAGGGAGAAGGGGGUGAACAGGGUGAGCGAACAGGGCCUGGUCCCCCUGGAUGUGGCUGCCCUUACCCACAAUUCCCCUCUGCUCCAUGUGUUGACAAAGGCGGGAGCCAGACAUAACCCCAUUUUGUGCAGGCCAGCGGAGUGGGCACUUAAGCUGGAUGCUCUGGUGGCAUUGGCGGGAAAACGGGUGGAGGAGAGGAAGAAGGAGUUGCUGAGGAAGGCAGGGACAGGGCCUCAGGCACAGGCUGACGUCCACAGACAGAUCCGCCUCUGGAGCCUCAGGCUGCAACUGUACUGCCGGAUGAGAGAGAACUUCCAAAACACAGAGCUCCCUGGGCCUCCCAGUCACGUGUCCAUACUGGUGACCAGUACGUCCUCUCUGUUUGUGGCAAUCAAAGAGCCAGACACUGUGGGGCUCAUCACCCGUUACAGAGUGGAAUGGAGCACCUCAGCCAGCUUCAAACGCAUCCUCGGCUCAACCCAAGUUACAGAGACCAAGAAUCCAUCCUAUAGUAUCAACGGACUCACAGCAGGAGUGCAUUACUUUGUUAGAGUGAGCGCAUUCAACGUGAAAGGAUGGGGCCCGCCUCAGUGCUCUGCUCCGGCCAGCGCUGCCCCCUCCAGUUGGAGAGAGUGCACCGGCGUGAAGUCACAGUUCAGAAAUCACGAGGGCCUUGUGAGGAAGCUGCUGGAAGAUGCCAGAGAACCACAUUACCGAGGAUUCUGCAUAGAGAGCUCUAAGCCCCAGAGUCCCAGCAAGCGUCUGUCUGUGUCCCGAGGCAUCAAACAACUGUUCCAGUCCGCCACCAAGUUUGUUCGUCUCCUACAGAGGGGCGUGUACAUGGCUACUGUGUUCUACCACAAGGACAACAUCCUGGUGACGGCUGAAGAUCAGAUCCCACUGGUGGAGAUCCAGUGCUGCUCCACCUCCAUCACCCAAGACUUUCCUUGGUUUGCUAAGUUGUCUUGUGCAUGGCAACAAGUGCCGUGGCUCCAGCAGGCCCUCUCCUCUGCUCAUUCGUCUCCCUCCUCCCUCCUUCAGAACAGGCACAACAUUUUAAGAGCUGUUUCCCAGCUGCAGUCUUCGCUGGGAACAGUGGACCUGGGCCAGGUGUACUACGAGCCUCUGAAAGACCGGCAGGGCAACGUCUUACUGGUGACUCUGAAGGAGUUCCCAAACCCUCCUAGCCCUCCUGACCCUCCGCUUCACUGGAUGCCCCUGGCCCGCCUGGAAAAGAACCGCAGCAGAACUCCUCUGCUGCCUGAGCCCACUGCCAUGGACAUGCUCUACGAGCAGCUCAAGGAGAAACUGUCCUUCCACAGGCACAGCAUUCAGUGGGCCCAGCCGGGUCUGUACGUGGGCAUCCUGAAACUGUGCAGCUCAGUGGACCAGAUCAGGGUCCUGGUGCCACAGAGGCUGCCCAAUCUGCUCUGCCACACACGGGUCCGACACAAUGCCCACGUUUCCAGAGAGGAAUGGGCGUGGCUUCAGAGUCAUGUUUACACCACAACCAAUGGCAGCGUUCAGAACCUGUUGAGCGGCGAGGAUGAGAGCUUGAUGGAGAGCAGCGGGCUGGUGGAGUUCAUCAGGUCUCUGAGAGCAGCAGUCACACAUCUCCUGACGAAGCUCAACAUCCCCCUCUACAGGGCUUACCAGUAUGGCGUGUACACCCGCGAGCUGCUGCAGUUUGGAGACAAGCUGUCCAUGCUGCUGCUGCUGCCUCCCAGCGAGGACUUCAGCUCCAGCUACUGGCCUCUGGUGGGGACCAAAGAGCCUGGGCUCACCAUGCCCCUGCAGGUCUUUGAGCUGGUUCACUUCUGGACGUAUGAACGGGACUUCCUGUCCCAGUACUGCCAGGCCUGGGUGAGGCUGGAGCUGGACACUCACCUGGCCCAGCAGGCUCUGCGGGAGGCGCUGGACACCAAGGAGGUGCAGGAAGCCCGCGAGCGUCUGAACCACAUCACUGAGCUUUCCCAUCGGCUGGACGUGUUGUGGAGGGACGCCCGCUGGAUCAUGGACUGUCUACAGUGUGUUCGAUCCAAGCAGUGGGUGGGGGCGGUGCCUCUAGGCCUGGUGAUGGGUGGAGACCCGCCUGCGCGUCCUGAUGGUGAAGAAGAGGAGGAGGGUUUGACCGCCAGACUGACGUGGCCACAUCGGAUGCAAGCACAGAGACAAGCCGUUACAGACUGUUUUGUCAGCAUGACUCCCCCAAAUGUUGUCACUGCUGAGGUCUCCGCUCAAGCAGGAACCAUGGCUGUCCCUGAAGAGGCCACGACGGUGUUAGCGGAGGGCGUCGCCAAGGGAGGAUACCCUGUGGACAUCGCCGCCCAAUCAACUGUAGACUUGACGAGCGUCGGCCAGUCAGAAUUGGGAUGCACAAGCGCAUUGAUCGAAUCUGGACUAGAGCCUGCAGCUGUUACACAGUUGGAAAUGGGGUACGCGGUUUUGGACACACAGGAGUCCUACGGUGAGGAGCAGGACUUUCCCUCCUGCAUCACUGAGGUGAUCCGGCCAAUGGAGAUGGCAGAGCUGGUGGACAUCUUGCCCACGCUGAGUCUUAUUGAAGAGGAGACGCCCAGUGGCCCGUCCACAUCAUCAGUAAUGAAUAUGCUAGAGAGCUUUGGACUGGCGAUUAGUGAAAACAGCAGCUUCUUUCACUUCGAGAAUUCAGACUUGACCAGUGGAGCCGCGUGUGUGUCACAGCCCAUCCCCCACUGUAACAGCAGCAGCAGCAGCAGCAGCAGCAGUGCGAGGGAGACGCACUGUGACAAUACUGUGCUGCAAGGACCGGACAUGUCCGCCUCUGCCAAGGUGAACGCCACAGGCGAUGAUGUGCCCGUUUUGAGCAGGGAUUUACCUCCAGAGGACAAGAAGGAUCAGCUGGUUCCCAGCAAGGCAGUGUGCAUUCCAGUGCGAAACCAGGUGGAGUGGGACAGACCCUCAAACAGCUCCUCCUGAUAUCGACUCAAGUGCCAGCCUACUUCAGCCUGCAGCUCAGUCGAUUUACAGACACAGACUGUCUUGACUUGGAAAUGACAGUCUCCUUGAUCCCUGACUGUCCAUCAGUGUCCACCUCCACAGUUAAUACGAACUGUUGUGGAGGAAGACUCGAGUGAUAUCUAGAUACUUCACCUAGCACUUCAUCUAACACAUUGUUACAGCUGAUCUAAUAAACCCACAGCUCCACUGAUUAAUGCACAUUUUUGCUCCUGUAGUUUAUGUUUCCUCAUGCUCAGUCCAUUAGAGUUUCACAGUUGGAAGUGGCAAAACAAACUCAUUAAGUGCAUACAGUUGAGUAAAGUGGAAAUGUGUGCUUUGCAGUCUAUGAAGAGCUGUUAAACUGUACGUGUAAUUGAACAGCUGUGGCUCUCUUUGGUUUACCUUUGUGCACUAUUUGGUAUUCCAUAAAAAAACUGCAUUUACUGCUGUCGGUCCAACCACUUCUGCAAAUUCUGGCAUCCAAGUUCAAGUAAUGAGAGAAAAAAAGCCCCCAGCUCAGACAAGACAUAAUAAUGUGGGUGCUGCAAGAAAAACAAACUCAAGAUGUGAACCUGCACUUGUGAGAAGGACAUAGUGGAUGAUUUGUUCUUCAGUUCCUUCAGUAAUUUUUAGAGCAUUCACCCUAAAAAGGCCUAUUGAAAAUCAGGUUUUCAAAAAUUACUCAAAGGUUUCCGUUAUAUGCCUGCAUUUAUCUUUCUUGGUGGCACACAGUACAAAAAAUGUGUUCUGGGUUUCAGUUUGUUAAGGAGCAAGCAAAGCCAUUCGUAUCUGCACAUUCAUGCCAGUUCUUUUUUGCUUCUGGGGAGAUUUGGCCUCGCAUUGUUGUGUGUUGUGCAUUGCUGUAUCUUUACCUCCUCCUGGGCUGCAGCCAUGCAGACUUGGUAAAUGGUUUGGGGGUAAUGGUGAGAGACGGAGAAUUGGAUGAAGAGUUUGGGAGAAGGAGUAAGAAUUACCACACGAAUAAUGCUGUGGAGAAAGUUUCGGUGUGGGACGAGUGGCAGGGUGAGGGGGCUCUAUUCACACUGAGAAUACGAGAAUAGAAGAGAAUGGAAUGGAAUAGCUUUUCCUUGCAGUUUAGUCCCUUAGUCCAGGUCAGAAUAUGGCCAUUAUCACCAGGCUUAUUUUGAUGGAAUUUCACCUUCAUUGCCAUACUUCAUAUUAUGGUGCUACCUUUGGUAUUUUAUCUGGCAAACUAAAUACUUAAGUGGGUUAAGUUUUGGCUUUUAUGAACAUGUGGAUAACCACAUUUUGAGAAGGCCACUUUGUAUUAAACGUGUAAAGUGGGUCCCAAACUAAUGUUAAUAAAAUGCCAUUAAAUGCUGCAUGAGGCUCUCACAUAGUGCUACUCCCCAGUGUGUUCACUUGUGUGGGUGUGCUUGUGUGACAUCCUCUCUCACUCUUCAGGUGCACUUGUUGAGGACCACUUACCCAUUUUUCACUCUUAUUGGUGCUUUGAUGACCUUGUGUGAAUCGAUCAUAGCUCAGUGUAAUUUCAAGAAGAGUCUAAUCGGGCAGAAUGACUGAAAACGCAGAGGCGUGAGAGGCUUUAAAGACGUGUAACUACAGUGGUUAUUAAUGAAGUAUACACACCACAGAGUUUCACUGGAGAUCAGUGCACUGUCACAUUUAUCACAUCCCAUCCUUAUGAUAAGCAAAAUAUGGGGGCGUCUAUUUCUGAGAAUAUUUAACGAAGCAAUCUAGUCGAACGAUCUGUUGAGUUUUCUCCCUGCUGUGCAAGCCUAAACAGAGAGGAUGUACUUUGUAAUUACAUUUGUGCGAUAAAGGGGUACUAAUGUGAUAUAUUAAAUUUCUAAUUAACUUAGUGCCAACUCUUCCCAACAUCAAAUAGUCCCUGAUUAGCAGAUCAAAGGAGAAAAUUAUCAAUGCAUUCUGAAAUUCAUUUCAGUUUUUCCAUUACUAAUUACUAUUAAAGCCACUGAGGAGUGUGCCUUAAUGGCCUGCGAUGGUUCAAUGGUUAUCUGAUCAGUUGUGCUCUGAUAGCACGACAGUGAAGACACACCGAUCACACAUAGAGUUUAAGAAUGGCUGGUCAGUCUGCACAGACACACUGUCGUCAAAGAUUGUAUUGAAGUGCGGUGGGUGAACAUCACAGAGCUGAUAUCAGUCCUCUGAUAGGGGGAAGACAUACAGUCCAAUCGUAAACUUGAUAUAUUAUUGUUUUAUUUUGAAAGAUUGUACUUGAAGUGUUUUGGCAUUGUGUUUGUCUUCGUGCUUAAUGGAAUUCAAAGUUGAAUUACAAGUGUCCACUGCCCUCUAGAGGUCACAGUGAGAAUCUGCCAAAUUCAAGCACAUAUGUGGCUAAAAUACACCUGACUAAUUGGUAUAGAAUAGCAAAUGUGUAUGUUAGCAAAUGAUUGUCAUAUAUGCAAAGUAAUGAAAAAGAGGGGUAAAACUUUAUUUAUUUAAGAUGACUGAGCUCAGCCUUUAAGCUCAUAAGUAUUUUCAGUUUGGCUUCAAAUACAAUUUACAUGCUUGAUUUAUCUAAACCAGCAGCUGUUUCAAAGGAUGGGUGUCCUGUGUCUGUCACAUCUAGGUGCUGCAACACAGCGCUGAGUGUGUGGCUAAGGCAAAGUGGGCAUGUCUGCAUAACCUUAAUAUCAGUAUGUACAAGUCAAUUAAACUCAAUUAAAAAA